UGUUCCAUUGGUGGAUGAUUCUGUUAUUCAUACCGUACUUCCGUUGUCAGGGGCAGCUGGAGGCAAGAUGGCGACGGCGGCAGCAGCAGUAGCAGCGAUGGCGGAAGAAAGGUCCCGAGGAAAGUGCUCAGCCAGCUGCAUCACCGUGAUUGUGGUGUUGGUUGGCCUGCCUCUUUGGUGGAAGACAACAGAGACGCAUCGUGCCUCUCUGCCUUACAAACAGAUCAGCGAACUAGAUAUUCUCUUGCUUGACAUUAGUGUGCCAGUGGAGGUGGUCUUCGCAAGAGGCACGUUGACGGCGGAACAACAGAAAAGGCUACUGCCACAGACUCAGUUUAGUCAGAAGAUAAAUCAGCUGGAUGGUAAAACAGGCUUCAAGUAUAGAUAUGAGAAGACAUACAGGGCUGCCACUGGCGUAGAACAAGAUGCUAUAAUGGGUGAAAAUGUGGAAGUGACAGUUGUCACGCUUUCCCGAGUUUAUGAGAGUUUGGUAGGAUCUGUGGUGAUAUACGUUGUGCCUGCCGAUUCCCAGCUUUUUCCGCCCGAAGCCAGUGUUUACAUUGGGAAACACAGAGCUGCCUUCCUGCGCUCACCUGUGACUAGAUCGCAUACUGUGGCAGAGGUGCUUCAGGACAUUGAUGACAAUGUGGAAGAGAUCCUGCAAACAAUGUCCUUCACUGAUGACAUGGUGGUUGCAGCACUGUCGAGUCGCUCUCCCUCAGGAACGUUUGGCACUGACACCUUCACAGACAGCAUGACAGCUUUUAAAUCUAGUCUUGGAUAUGAAAUCACCUUCAGUUUGUUGAAUCCUGAUCCCAAAUCCCACAACAUUUGUUGGAACAUUGAGCAAGCAGUGGAUAAUUACGUGCAACCCUUCCUGAACAAGCUGUCAAUAUUCGCUAACUUUUCUGUGGACUCUCAGAUACUGUACUACGCAGUUCUCGGUGUAACACCACGCUACAAUAAGACCUCAUCAAGCUUUUCUUUAAAUGAGGAUAGCUUACCCCAUGUGAUCAAUCCAGUCGAAGCCAAACUGGGGUCCAAUGUUGCUUCAAGCUAUCCAGUUUUAAAUUUUCUUCUUUACGUUCCUGAGUAUUCUCAUUCUCCACUGUAUAUCCGUGACCGGGAUGGGUCUCCCAUUGAAUCAAACGCUUUCCACAGCUCCCGUUGGGGAGGAAUCAUGAUUUACAAUGUGGAUCACCAGCAACUGACCGAGACCCUGCUGCCAGUCUCAGUCAACGUAGACAUGGCUCGAGUGAUGGAGGUGUUUCUGACUCAGCUGCGAUUACUUUUGGGUAUACAGAAAGUACAGCCCCCCCCUCAAUCCCUUGUCCAAAGUCCUGGGAACAUGAUUGCUGCUGAUUGGGAGGUUGACCGCCUGCUCUGGGUGAGAACAGUGGAAAAUAUUGCCACUGCAACAAAUACACUGACCUCCCUAGCUCAGCUCCUCGAUGAAAUUGGAAACAUCGUGAUUAAUGAUAACAUCGCAUCUGAGGUGUACAGUGCUCUGGCCUCUGUUCAACAAUCACUUGAGGAGCUGGAGGCUGGGCGACUCUUGUCAGCUUUUAAGGCCAGCAAAGAUGGCAUCACUUCAUCUGAGAAAGCUUUCUUUGAUCCAUCUCUCCUCCACCUACUGUACUUCCCAGAUGAUCAGAAGUUUGCCAUUUACAUCCCCUUAUUUCUGCCAAUGUGUGUCCCCAUUUUGCUGUCCCUAUUAAAGACCGCCAAGGACUUUAAAUGGAAAAAGAAGGUGGAUUGAGGAGGUGGUGAACUGGCAAGAACCAAUUGAUGGUUCCACGUGGACUUGAGAUAUCUCAUUUGUGAACGGAUAUUAUUAAUAGGGCUCAAAUAUUUGUAAAUAUUUUGGAUUUUGUUCAAUUUAAAUUAUUGGAAGGUCUUGCCCUCCUUAUUGAUUGCAUGACGAAAUAGAGUUCUGCAGAUACCUACAGCCUGAAUACGUCAGCAAACAUAGGAGUGAUGGGUGAUUGCGUUACGAAGCGAGCCUUGGACAAUGUUGAUGCCUCGGUUUUAUGCACACCUUGAUUUAUUCUUCACCCUCUUUAUCUUGCUAUAUAUCUGUGGCUGUCUACUUUUACCACAUGUAUCACUUAUCACUCUGCCAUUUUGUGUCUCUCUUCGCACCAUUGCAACAUCCCCACCAGGCCGUCACCUCCCCUCGCUUGUAGUGUUUCAAUCCACCUUUUUGCCCCUUUCUCUCCCCGCAUCCAUAUCUACCCAUAUCUUCCUUGGUGUUCUGACAUAAGCUGUUCAAUUACCAUGGGUUUUAUCUUGUAAAUGUUGUGUUCUAUCUUGUAAGUGUGGUUUUGUGUUGCUGCAUUUAAUCAAGUCGCAUCGUUAAUGAAUUCCUGCUUCAUGAUGUGUACAAUAGUAGAAUCUGAGCACAGUAAGGAGAUAUAAUCUUCAUCUAAAAUAAAGAAACUAUCUCAGGUAAAACAUGU